AUGGUCCACCGUCCACGCCGCAAUGUCAAAACAGAAGAUUUUCCAUCGCUGACGCUGCGGGGCCCGCCAGGUGUGCUCAAACUCGCCCUCAUUCACGACGGCCUGGCCCGCGGGCUGCGUGAAGCCUCCAAAGCCCUCGACCGUCGCCAAGCGCACAUGUGCGUCCUCAACGAAGCCUGCGAAGAAGAGGCGUACAAGAAGCUCGUCAUCGCGCUGUGCUCGGAGCACAAGAUCCCGCUGAUCAAGGUCCCCGACGGGAAGAUGCUGGGCGAGUGGGCUGGCUUGUGCGUCCUGGACCGCGAGGGCAACGCCAGGAAGGUCGUCAACUGCUCGUGCGUCGUCGUGCGCGACUGGGGCGAGGAGAGCCAGGAGCGCAACGUCCUCUUGAACUACUUCCAGACGGAGCAAUAG